UCUAAAGAAAAUAUACUUAUCACAUCAUCUCUGUGCCCAUUUCCUUUAAUACAGAAGUCAGAUGUCAUUGUUCAGACACCAUGUGGUUCGUAUAUAUAGAGAAUGUUCAGACUGCAGACCGUUGAGAUGAGAAGGAGAACUGGCUGAAAACAGGAAUCAUUUCAGGACUUUUAAACUUUCAAAGGUUUGAUAUUGAAGAAUGGGAGAUUCCCUCGUCAACAGAACCUCAUUGAAAGAAAACCUCAAUCAGACCAACUUCAACUACAAUGAUGCAUCUAACGAAACCAAAAACUGUACUGAUGAAGAGAACAAAGUAUAUUUUCAAAUCUUGUUUUGGGGAGAUUUGAUCACCAUUUGUUUCGGAUUUCCUUUGACUCUGGUGGCCAUGUUUGCUGUUUUAUCAAAGGUGAAAAAGGAUCAAGGUGCUCCAGUUUACAUCUUCAACCUUCUGAUAUCUGAUCUUAUCCAGUACUGCAGCAGAAUUCCUAUGAUAGUAUAUGGCCCCGAUGUUUUCCCUCUGUUUGCCCUAGAUUUUGGCAUUGGAGCCAGUAUUGGAUUCAUGAUGUGUAUCUCCCUGGAAAGGUAUCUGGUCAUUGCCAAGCCGCUGUGGUACAGAUUUAGAAGAAACUUCAAGACAUCUGUGUUGGUCUGUGUUGCAGUCUGGAUAAUUUUUUUUCUUAAUAAUCUUAGCAUGUAUCUCCUUUUGGAAUUUCAUAUUGUUAGAUUCUUUCAGGCUGCUAGUCUCCUCUUCCCUCUUCUCCUUUUCAUCUUCUGCCUGGUUGGAACCAUUAAAGCUCUGACUGAAGCUCGCAGUGUCUCUGCUGAUGAAAAACGUCGAAUUGUUUCAAUUCUGGUUGUGGUUUUGCUAACAUAUAUUCUGCUUUUCAUCCCUAACAUGAUGUAUUUUCUGUUGGAAAAACCCUGGGAAAAUUUUGCCAAAUUUACUUCUGUUACAAUUGGUAUUUUUCUUAGUCCUCUUGCAGACUCAGCUAUGUGUGUUUUUCUGAGGAAAAGUGCAGUUGACAGACUUUUGACCUCAUUGUGUUGCUGUGUAACGUCUAAGAAUCAGGAGAUCAGCAGCACUGAUAAUGACAACGUGUCAUCUCAACCUACUACAGCAGUUUAGGUUCAACUGAUGCACAAAUAUUUUCACAUCUUACUUUCUUAAGGAAUUCUUAUGGAUUAUUUGCAAGAGAAAAUACUUUCAGAUGAUAUAUUUUGAAUUUUUCAUGAUCAUUUGAAAACCAAAACCCAACCACUGAAGAAAUGACAACCUGCUUGAUUCUCUGGCUUGUCAAUUUAACCAGGUACAUCACUUAGAAAGUGUCAAAGAGUUUCCCAUGAAAAUGUUUCUUGGGAAACAUUUCUUUCAACAGAAAAUGC